AGGGCAAGUCUACCUCUAUCAAACAGCUCAAAUUUUAUAUGUUCCACUGUUUAAUUCCUUCUACUCAUUUUGGCAGUAAAAGGAUGGGGAAAAGAAGUGAAAAUCGCUUUUCGGAUGCCAGCGCUUUCUAGUCAAUCAUAUCGUCUGACCUUUCUUCAGACCGAGAAACUGAAUCGACGUCACUUCUGAGACAACCAAAUCAGCAACUCCGGCAACUCAACAAACGGAAAGGAUGAGCGGCGGCGGUGGCGGAGCGCAGCAGGCGGUGCACUCGCUUGCGUUCAGGGUGAUGCGUUUGUGCCGUCCGACGCUCCAUGUGGACACUGCCCCUCUCAAAUUCGAUCCCUGCGAUAUCCUCUUUGGCGAGGACCUCUUCGACGAUCCAAUUGCCGCUUCUCACCUCCCUCGCCUUCUCAGUAGCCAGUCGAAUACCUCUGUCUCAGAUCCCUCCGAUCUUAGCUACCGCAGCAGAUUCCUCCUCCACCAUCCAACUGACUCUCUCGGCUUCCCGGGCCUUCUCGUCCUUCCCCAAGCCUUUGGGGCGAUAUAUUUGGGAGAGACCUUUUGCAGCUACAUAAGUAUAAACAACAGCUCCAAUUUUGAAGUCCGGGAUGUUAUCAUUAAGGCUGAAAUUCAAACAGAAAGACAGAGAAUAGUGCUUUUGGAUACAUCAAAAACACCUGUUGAAUCAAUACGUGCUGGUGGACGUUAUGAUUUCAUUGUGGAGCAUGACGUGAAAGAACUUGGUGCCCACACGUUGGUAUGUACAGCACUUUACAGUGAUGGUGACAGUGAGAGGAAGUAUCUCCCGCAGUUUUUCAAGUUUAUAGUUUCUAACCCCCUCUCUGUCCGGACUAAGGUUCGCAAUGUUAAGGAAACAACUUUUCUGGAGGCUUGUAUAGAAAAUCAUACAAAAUCUAACCUUUACAUGGACCAAGUCGAGUUUGAGCCAGCAAAGCAUUGGAUUGUAACAACACUGAAAACUGCUGAUCAUUCUUUGGAGCACAAUCUACUGAUGGGAGAAACUUUCAAGGAACCUGUUCUUAUUAGAUCUGGAGGGGGAAUUUACAAUUAUCUCUAUGAGUUAAAAUUUUCAUCACCUCACAGUGGACAAGUAAAAGUUGAGGGAAGUAAUAUUCUGGGUAAACUUCAGAUAACAUGGCGUACAAAUUUGGGUGAACCUGGUCGCUUGCAGACACAGCAUAUUGUUGGUAAUCCCAUUACUCGUAAGGAGAUUGAGUUGGAUGCUGUGGAGAUACCACCUUCCAUUAUCUUGGACAAACCUUUCUUGGUAAGCUUUCAACUCAUAAAUUUGACUGAGCGAGUCUUAGGGCCCUUUGAAGUAUGGUUAUCGGAAAGUGAUUUGCUUAAUGAGAAGGCUGUAAUGGUCAAUGGUCUUCAAACCAUGACUCUUGGAGAGGCACAAGCAUUUAGCUCCUUGAAGUUUCAGCUGAACUUGAUUGCUACUAAGCAUGGUAUUCAGAAGAUCAGUGGCAUUACAGUCUUUGACACAGUAGAGAAGAAAACUUACAACUCGCUUUUAGAGCUAGAGAUAUAUGUGGACUCACAGUGAUUGAUUGGCUGGAACGUUGUUGCUUUGAAGAAGCUGAUCGCCGUACCAUAUUUUGGGUCUGGUUAAAGAGAGCUUAUUGCAUAUCAAAAGGAGCAAAAUGCAGCAACGAUUUCCGACAACCCUCAGCCCUGAUUCAAAACAGUUCAAGGAUGGUACAGGCGCCUUCCUCUGCAUCUGGCCUUCUUUCCUAGCUUUAGCAAUGACAUUUUUUUUUUCUUUUUUUUGUGUAUUUUGGGAUUUUUUGCUUGCCUUGUAUGCGAAAUGGAAACAGUAACAGUUAUACGCUGGAAUAGAUGAAAACAGGCAUUAAAUCUUCUGUGCCAGAUGUUAAAAUUGUAAUUUUAUGGAGGCCUUGAUGAAUAGUCGAGAAGAUUAUUGCACCCAAUAUAAAUGAUAUUUUUCU